AUGGCCACAGAUGACAAACGGUCUCCAACGCUGGACUCUGCCAGUGAUCUACCUCACUCUCCUAGUAGUCCGUCUCAUCUCACUCACUUCAAACCCCUGACUCCUGACCAGGAUGAGCCUCCUUUUAAAUCAGCCUACAGCUCUUUUGUAAAUCUCUUCCGUUUCAGCAAAGAGAGAGCAGAGGCAGGACAGAGUGAUCCACAAGCAUUGAGUGGUGGCUGGUCCAGUCCUCAACAUCCCACCAGGGCUCAGUCUCUGAGGUCACCGGUUCCUUACAAAAAACAACUGACUGGUGAGCUGCAAAGAAGAUCAUCUACAACCCUGGACAAUCGAAGGAAAGUAGAACCGCCUCUUGGAGGUCAUGAUCCUCGAACAGCAGUUCAGUUAAGAAGCCUCAGCACCGUUUUAAAGCGCCUCAAAGAAAUCAUGGAGGGGAAGAGCCAGGACAGUGACUUGAAGCAGUACUGGAUGCCUGACAGCCAGUGUAAAGAGUGCUAUGACUGCAGUGAGAAAUUCACCACCUUCCGGCGGAGGCACCACUGUCGACUUUGUGGGCAGAUCUUCUGUAGUCGAUGCUGCAAUCAGGAAAUCCCUGGAAAAUUCAUGGGCUACACAGGGGAUCUCCGAGCCUGCACUUACUGCCGCAAAAUAGCCUUAAGCUAUGCACACUCCACAGACAGUAACUCCAUUGGAGAAGACUUAAAUGCUCUGUCAGAUUCUGCAUGUUCUGUAUCGGUGCUGGAUCCUGGUGAGCCACGCACACCAGUUGGGAGCCGUAAAGCUAGCCGCAACAUCUUUCUGGAGGAGGAUCUAACCUGGCAAAGUUUGAUUCACCCAGACUCUUCAACUACCACGUUGUCUGCACGCCUUGGGUCUGUCCAGGAGGAUGCAGGGAAGUCACCAGCUAGGAACAGAUCAGCCAGCAUCACUAACCUGUCACUGGAUCGGUCAGGUUCACCAAUGGUGCCUGCCUAUGAGACAUCUGUCAGCCCCCAGGCCAGUCGCACACAUAUGAAGGGAGAGACAAGCGAGGAUGAGCGCAAAAUCCUUCUGGACUCAGUCCAGCUGAAAGAUCUGUGGAAGAAAAUCUGCCAUCACAACAGUGGGAUGGAGUUUCAGGACCAUCGCUACUGGCUGCGGACGCAUCCCAACUGCAUUGUGGGAAAAGAGCUGGUCAACUGGCUCAUCAGAAAUGGGCACAUAACCACAAGGGUCCAAGCCAUUGCAAUAGGACAAGCGUUGGUUGAUGGACGCUGGCUAGAAUGUGUCAGUCAUCAUGAUCAGCUCUUCAGAGAUGAGUACGCUCUCUACAGACCGUUACAGAGCACAGAGUUCUCAGAAACCCCAUCUCCAGACAGUGACUCUGUGAACUCUGUAGAGGGGCACUCUGAGCCAUCCUGGUUCAAAGACAUCAAGUUUGAUGACAGUGACACAGAGCAGAUGGCUGAUGAAGGAGAAGAUAACUUAGCCAACUCCGCCAGCCCUAGCAAGCGCACUUCAGUCAGCAGCUUCCAGUCCACAAUGGACAGUGAUUCAGCCGCCUCCAUCAGCCUGAACGUGGAGCUGGACAACGUGAACUUCCAUAUCAAGAAGCACUCCAAGUACCCACAUGUGCCCCCUCACCCUGCCGACCAAAAAGAGUACUUGAAUCCUGAAAACGGAGGGCAGCAGAUGUUCUCUAUAAGUGAUGCUUUUAUUAAAGAGUCGUUAUUCAACAGGAGGGUGGAGGAGAAGUCCAAAGAACUCUUUUUCACGCCCCUAGGCUGGCACCACAGCAAUCUGGAUCUGCUGAGAGAAGAGAAUGGGGAGAAACAAGCCAUGGAAAGGCUGCUGUCUGCUAAUCACAACCACAUGAUGGCACUGCUUCAGCAGCUUCUGUACAAUGAGUCCCUGUCACUGUCCUGGAGGGAUAUCAUUGUACCUGUGGUCUGCCAGGUAGUUCAAACUGUACGGCCCGAUGUCAAGAACCGAGAUGAUGACAUGGAUAUCCGCCAGUUUGUCCACAUCAAGAAAAUCCCUGGUGGAAAGAAAUUUGACUCCAUGGUGGUGAAUGGAUUUGUUUGCACUAAGAAUGUUGCACAUAAAAAGAUGAACUCCUGCUUAAAAAAUCCCAAAAUUCUUCUGCUGAAGUGCUCAAUUGAGUACCUCUAUCGAGAAGAAACAAAGUUUACCUGCAUAGACCCUAUAGUACUUCAGGAAAGGGAGUUCUUGAAGAACUACGUACAGCGGAUAGUUGAUGUCAGGCCUAAUUUGGUCCUUGUUGAGAAGACUGUGUCCAGAAUUGCCCAGGACAUGCUCUUAGAGCAUGGUAUCACUCUGGUCAUCAAUGUCAAGCCGCAAGUGUUAGACCGGGUAAGUCGAAUGACCCAGGGGGACUUAGUGAUGUCAAUGGAUCAACUGUUGACCAAACCACGUUUAGGAACCUGUCAUAAAUUUUAUAUGCAAGUCUUUCAGUUGCCCAAUGAUCAGACAAAAACCCUGAUGUUCUUUGAAGGGUGUCCCCAGCACCUGGGUUGCACUAUCAAGUUGUGUGGUGCUGCAGAGUACGAGCUCGCCCGUGUGAAGGAGAUCCUGAUCUUCAUGGUCUGUGUGGCUUAUCAUUCCCAGCUGGAAAUCUCUUUCCUUAUGGAUGAGUUUGCCAUGCCCCCUACUCUGACCAAAAACACCUCCUUUCACUCCCUUAUUGAGGAGCCAGGAGAUGAAAACGAACAACAGAACCUCUUCAAUGGCGAGGAUUUCAGCACAGCAGUCAGAGACAUUGAACUAUCCUCUGAAAAGCUGCCUGUAAUCUCUGAGUCAGUGUCCUCUGAUGAGGUCAGCUUGCUUGAACAAAGAGGUUUAUUUGAGAGAGGUGACCAAGAGAACAGUCAGCUGGAAAUGGCAUCCUCAAAACAGCAAGAGCACCACAAAGUAGAGUCACCAUUUCCGGUGUUCAACUCUGUACCUCCUGCAAUACCUGAAACAUCCCUGCUGCCCCUCCAUGGCAUGGACCAGCACUUGGUCACUGUGGAUAGCCAGACACUAGAGCCUCUUCAACAGGCAGAUGAUCUGCAGGAGUCCAAGAGUCAGAUGAGAGUCUUCAGAGACCCUCUCCAGGAUGAUACUGGUUUAUAUGUCACAGAAGAGGUAACUUCUUCUGAGGAUCGUCUCAAGACUUACUCGGCAGCAUUUAAGCAGGAGUUGAAAGACGUCAUUCUCUGUAUUUCUCCUGUAAUGAUGUUCCGUGAACCAUUUCUUUUGACUGAAAAAGGCAUGAGGUGCCCUGCCCGUGAAUACUUCCCUGAGCAAGUUUAUUGGUCUCCUCUCCUCAAUAAGGAGUACAAGGAGUUGGAGAGCAGAAGAAAGAGACAAUUAUUGCGGGAUCUCUCUGGACUGCAAGGGAUGAAUGGGAGUAUCCAAGCCAAGGCUAUCCAAAUCUUACCUUCUCAUGAGUUGGUUAAUACUAGAAUAGCAGAACACCUAGGUGAUAGCCAGAGCUUGGCCAGAAUGCUGGCUGACUAUCGGGCCAGAGGAGGGAGGAUACUACAGAAAAGCAUGGAUCCCUUUGCCCAAAGUAAGGAUGUGUCUAGUGUCCCUACUGGAAAAACUGGCUGCAGAAUUGAAGAGGAUGAGAAGGGACUGGCUCAGAGUGAAUCCUCAUGGUCUCAUAAGGUGGAUUGCCUGAGUCCAGUAAACCAUCAGAGGCUCUGUGUUCUCUUCAGUAGCUCUUCUUCUCAGUCCAGCAAUGCUCCAAGUGCCUGUGUUAGCCCCUGGAUUGUGACCAUGGAGUUCUAUGGGAAAAAUGACCUGACUCUAGGGAUUUUUCUGGAGCGCUACUGUUUCAGGCCUUCCUACCAAUGCCCCAGCAUGUUCUGUGAAACACCAAUGGUGCACCACAUUCGUCGCUUUGUUCAUGGGCAAGGCUGUGUGCAAAUUGUGUUAAAGGAACUGGACUCCCCUGUCCCUGGGUACCAGCACACCAUUCUCACUUACUCCUGGUGUAGACUGUGCAAACAGGUGACACCGGUUGUUCCCCUUUCCAAUGAUUCUUGGUCUAUGUCUUUCGCAAAAUACCUUGAGCUGAGAUUCUAUGGGCACCAAUACACUCGAAGGGCCAAUGCAGAGCCUUGUGGUCAUUCGAUUCACCAUGACUAUCACCAGUAUUUUUCCUAUAAUCAGAUGGUGGCAUCUUUCAGCUACUCUCCAAUACGGCUGCUUGAAGUGUGUGUUCCACUGCCCAAGAUCUACAUCAAACGGCAGGCUCCGUCAAAGGUUACUAUUUUGCAGGAUCUCAAGGAUUUCUCUCAAAAGGUUUCACAAGUGUAUCUUGCUGUUGAUGAUCGCCUUGCUUCUUUGAAAACGGAUACUUUCAGCAAAACAAGAGAAGAGAAGAUGGAAGACCUCUUUGCCCAAAAGGAGAUGGAAGAGGGGGAGUUUCGAAACUGGACUGAGAAAAUCCAAGCAAGGCUGCUUUCGUCAUCAUUAGACACACCUCAACAGCUGCAAUCUGUUUUUGAGUCUCUGAUAGCUAAAAAGCAGGGACUUUGUGAGAUGCUACAAGCCUGGAAUAAUAGAUUGCAGGAUCUCUUCCAACAAGAGAAAGGGAGAAAACGUCCAUCAGUACCACCCAGCCCUGGGAGACUGAGGCAAGGUGAAGAAAGCAAGAUCAGUAGCAUGGAUGCUUCCCCACGCAAUGCUGCUCCAGCACUGCAAAAUGGAGAGAAAGAGGAUCGUUUCCUGACUACUUUAUCAAGUCAGAGCUCCACAGGCUCCACCCAUCUUCAGCUGCCCACCCCUCCAGAGGUUGUAUCGGAGCAUACAACUGGUGCCAACACACUGUCUGAACAGGAUACAACAAGCAGCUCAGAAGAUGUGUUUGAUGGACACUCACUGGGAUCUACAGACAGCCAAGUGAAGGAGAAAUCUACUAUGAAAGCUAUUUUGGCUAACUUUUUGCCUGGAAACAACUAUAACCCCAUUCCAUUUCCCUUCGACCCAGAUAAGCACUACCUGAUGUAUGAGCAUGAACGUGUACCUAUUGCAGUCUGCGAGAAAGAACCAAGCUCCAUCAUAGCUUUUGCUCUCAGUUGCAAGGAGUACAGAAAUGCCCUGGAUGAGUUGUCCAAAGCAUCUCUGAAGAACAGUUCUGAAGAAGGACUACAGCCAAACAGCAUGUCAGACAGCAAACCAAAGAGCAGUAGCCCUGUCCGCCUGCCUGAGGCUAACGUGGGUCCUUCAAAUCGCAAUGCAGAACCAGAACAGCGUAAGACAAAGAAACCAUCUAGUGUUUUGUCUUUCUUCCGUGGCACGGGAGGGAAGAGCCCGGACCUGUCUUUGCAGAAGAAAGAGACCUUACGUGGUGCUGACAGUGCCUACUACCAGGUUGGGCAGAUGGGGAAAGACGGAGCAGAAAACCAAGGAGCAGAGCCUCAAGAUGACAUAGAUGGAGGAGAUGGACAGAAGAAACAGCUGGUGAAUCCCCAUGUGGAACUCCAGUUUUCAGAUGCGAAUGCCAAGUUCUACUGCCGGAUUUAUUAUGCUGGCGAAUUUCACAAGAUGCGUGAAGUGAUACUGGGGAGCAGUGAAGAGGACUUCAUCCGAUCCCUCUCUCACUCUAUGCCCUGGCAGGCACGAGGUGGCAAAUCUGGGGCUGCGUUCUAUGUGACUGAGGAUGAUAGAUUCAUCUUGAAGCAGAUGCCUCGUCUGGAAGUCCAGUCGUUCCUCGACUUUGCUCCACACUACUUCACUUACAUCAUUAAUGCAGUUCAGCAGAAGAAGCCCACAGCACUGGCCAAAAUACUUGGGGUGUAUAGAAUUGGAUACAAGAACUCUCAAAACAACACUGAAAAGAAGCUGGAUCUGCUUGUCAUGGAAAACCUUUUCUAUGGCAGGAAAAUGGCUCAGGUUUUUGACCUGAAGGGCUCCCUCCGGAAUAGAAAUGUUAAAACAGACACAGGCAAGGAAAGCUGUGAUGUAGUCCUGCUGGAUGAGAACCUUCUGAAGAUGGUCCGGGAUAAUCCUUUGUACAUCCGUUCCCAUUGCAAGGCUGUCCUGAGAGCUUCCAUACACAGUGAUUCCCAGUUCCUCUCCAGCCACCUCAUCAUUGAUUAUUCUCUGCUGGUGGGUCGUGAUGAUACCAACAAUGAGCUGGUUGUUGGGAUCAUUGACUAUAUUCGCACUUUUACGUGGGACAAAAAGCUUGAAAUGGUGGUGAAAUCAACUGGCAUCUUGGGAGGACAAGGUAAGAUGCCAACUGUGGUCUCUCCAGAACUGUACCGGACCAGGUUUUGUGAAGCUAUGGACAAGUAUUUCUUGAUGGUGCCAGACCAUUGGACAGGACUGGGCCUGAAUUGCUAAGCUAAAGCCCAUAUUGGGAAAGCACAAGAGGACAAUGACGUUAUAGGCCACUCGUCCUGCGGUAUGUCCAGCAGUAAGCAAGAGGAUUGCAGUUCCAUGUCUACACUGACCAUGUGUGCAAUGUUCCGAAGUGUGAAAUCUGCUUGUUGCACUUUAAUCCUCUCUUGGAGGCUGAUAAGUGAACCAGCCUCACUAAGGAUCUAAGCUGCAAGGUACCUGAACAUCACUGAUAAGAGACAUUCCCUCUGUCAGUUGGGAAGGUGAUGCUAUCUCCAUGUAAGAACACUGAAACAGAUAUUACCCAGUUCAUGAUGGUGUAGAAGUACAUGAUCUCUCUAAGUGUUGCACUGCUUAAGUGGUGUUGAAUAUCAGUAGUUCAUGUUUCUGUAGUGGAUGCGUGGUACUGCAAAUGUGAAAUAAACCCCCCUCUGUGUGUGUGGGUGGGUGAGACAAGAAUGAAGUUUAUUCCUGAGUUCUGCUAUUGUUGCAGUGGUCUGUAGUUGACCUGUUUAGGAUCCAUGAAUAACUUGUCCUGCUUAUGC